AGACCAAAAGUCCAGGUUCUUCAGGGAUUGAAUGUGAAAGUUACCAAAGGACAAACCCUAGCUCUGGUGGGCAGCAGUGGGUGUGGAAAGAGUACAUCUGUUCAGCUGCUGGAGAGGUUCUACGAUCCUGUUGAUGGAAAAGUGCUUUCAGAUGGAAUAGACACAAAAACGCUGAAUUUAAAGUGGCUGCGAUCCCAAAUGGGAAUUGUGUCUCAGGAGCCCAUGCUGUUUGACUGCAGUAUUUCUGAAAAUAUUCAGUAUGGCGCUCUGGACAGAGAAGUGACACAAGAAGAAAUUGUAGAAGCUGCAAUGGCUGCAAAUAUCCACACUUUCAUUGAAAACCUUCCAGAUAAAUACAACACACGUGUGGGUGAUAAAGGUGCUCAACUCUCAGGAGGACAGAAGCAGAGAAUUGCCAUUGCCCGAGCCUUGAUACGGAAACCCAAAGUUCUGCUGCUGGAUGAGGCAACAUCUGCUCUUGACACAGAAAGUGAAAAGGUUAGUUUUGUUUUCAAAUGUAUGCAGUGGAGGACAUUUGUCUCUAGAGAUCACCAUUGUUAG